AUGGCCCCAACCACCUCCGAUGCCAGUGCUUCCACGCUCAGCAUGAAGCUGCUGGUGGACACAAAGGCCAGGCGCGUGCUGUACGCCGAGGCCGGCAAAGACGUCGUCGACUUCCUCUUCUCCCUCCUCACCCUGCCCGUCGGCACCGUCGUGAAGAUCCUGAGCAAGGACUCCAUGGUCGGCUCCGUCGGCAACCUCUACGGCAGCGUCGAGAAGCUGGACGAGACCUAUGUCCGCUCCACCCGCGCGAAGGCGGCGCUGCUCUCGCCGACCGGAGGUUGUGCCGCCGGUGGUGGCAAGCUCCUCCAGCUGCCGGAGGCGCCGGCGCCGCAGGCCCCGUGCACUAAGCUUUACCAGUGCCACCAACGCUACAGCACCGCCUGUAACACCACCUUGAGCAGGUCAUGUGGCACCCCGUGCCAGCAUUGCUACAAGUACAACGGCGGCAAGAUGACAGUGCCGGUGGAGAUCGUGGGUUCGACCACGGGAUCCGGUGAUGACGCGGCAGCGACCGCGACGGCGGCUCUUGCGGGCGCUGGGUUCGUGCAGGGCAUCGUGACGUACACGGUGAUGGACGACCUGAAGGUGGCGCCCAUGUCCACCAUCUCCGGCAUCACCCUGCUCAACACCUUCGGUGUCACCGACAUCGGCACGCUCCAGGACAAGACCGUGCAGCUGGGCUACGACGAGGGUUUGGAGAUCCUGCGCGUGGCGCUGCAGUCCAAGACCGUGCUCACAGACGUCUUCCUCGGGAAGAAACAAAAGGCUUGA